AUGGUUCACUUGGGUCCAAAACCACCACAACAUAGAAAAGGUUCCUUCACCGAUGUCUCACCACAACUUAUGGAGGAACUCAAUGAGCUUGAAAAGCAAUUCACUGUUUCAGGCGAAACUUUGCGUAAAAUUGUCGACCACUUCAUCACUGAAUUGGACAAGGGUCUUUCCAAGGCUGGCGGUAACAUUCCCAUGAUCCCAGGUUGGGUGAUGGACUUCCCUACAGGUAAGGAGACUGGUGAUUACUUGGCUAUUGAUCUUGGUGGAACCAACCUUCGAGUUGUGUUGGUGAAACUUGGUGGAAAUAGAGAUUUCGACACUACUCAAUCGAAGUUCCCCUUGCCUUCUAAUAUGAGAACAGCUACCAGCGAGGAAUUGUGGUCCUUUAUUGCCAACUGUUUAAAGACUUUUUUUGAAGAAGAGUUUCCAAAUGGAGUUGAAGAACCAUUGCCAUUGGGCUUCACAUUCAGUUAUCCUGCUAGUCAAAAUACAAUCACACAAGGUGUCUUGCAAAGAUGGACUAAAGGAUGGGCCAUCGAAGGUGUUGAGGGUCACGAUGUGGUCCCAAUGUUGCAAUCUGCAAUUGAGAAAGUUCAAGUUCCAGUCAAGAUUGUUGCCGUGAUCAAUGAUACUGUGGGUACAUUAGUUGCUUCAAACUACACUGACCCUGAAGCAAAAUUGGGUCUUAUUUUUGGUACUGGUGUUAAUGGUGCAUACUAUGACGUUGUUGGCGAUAUUCCUAAAUUGGAGGGCAAGCUUGAAAGUGAUAUUGGAGUAGACUCUCCAAUGGCCAUCAACUGUGAAUAUGGAUCAUUUGAUAACGAGAAGUUCAUUUUGCCAAGAAACAAGUACGAUGUGAUGAUCGAUGAAGAGUCACCAAGACCAGGACAGCAAACAUUUGAAAAGAUGAAUUCUGGUUACUACCUCGGUGAAAUUUUGAGAUUGGUUCUUGUCGACUUGGCUGAGAACAAAAAAGUUAUUUUCAAAAACCAAGACUUGACCAAGUUGAACGAAGUGUACAUUCUUGACACUUCAUUCCCAGCAAAGAUUGAAGAAGAUCCAUUUGAGAACCUUUCGGAUGUGCAAGAGAUUUUCCAAAGCGUCUUGGGUCUCGAGACGACUGUUCCAGAACGUAAAGUUAUCCGCCGUAUUGCAGAGUUGAUUGGAAACAGAUCCGCCAGAUUGUCAGUUUGUGGUAUUGCUGCUAUCUGUAAGAAGAGAGGAUACAAGACUGCCCACUGUGCUGCCGAUGGAUCAGUUUACUCGAAAUACCCUGACUUUAAGCAAAGAGCUGCCCAAAGUUUGAGAGAUAUCUUUGAGUGGUCAGACGAUGUGAAGGAAGAUCCUAUUUUGAUUGUAGAUGCAGAGGAUGGAAGUGGUGUUGGUGCAGCCAUUAUUGCUGCAUUGACUGAAAAGAGAUUGAAGGAGGGAAAAUCCGUUGGUAUUAAGGGUGCUUGA